UUCACGUGAAUCACGGAAAUCACGACGUUAAUUUUGUGUCAUCGGUAUUUUUUCUUUUUUUCAAGCGCGGAAUCAAUCUUGUCUCGCGACGUUCAAGGAGAGAAUCACGAGAGCGAGGGAAGGUGGAUUAAAAUCGCGAUAUGUUUGGUUUAGUUUUGCAGGUCACGAUGUUUAAAGCAACGAAACGCAACAAGCACAUCAUUUACGACGAUCUGAGUGUACCCACGGAUUCUCAAUGCAUCGUACGAAUCCUCAAGCCGAGCGGCAGUCGUCUCUACGAAGUCAUCAGUCCCAGUGGAGAACAGUACCUUGUCUCGAUGCCUAACAGAUAUCGGAGAAUGAUUUGGGUGAAGAGGGGUGAUUACGUCUUGACCGAUCCCAUCAAGGAGGGCGAUAAGGUCAAGGGCGAAAUUAUUAAAAGACUUACGGAGAAUAACAUAAAAAGCUAUCGCGCACAAAAUUGCUGGCCGUCGGAAUUUGAUAAGAAUCCAGAAGGGAACGUCAACUUGAUAACGGAGGAUGAUACAAGGGAAGACGAUGAUGGGGAUCUUUUCGUGAAUACGAACAGGGAAAGGCAACGAAGCAAUCAAGAGACAGACGACAGUGAGAGUGAUUAAAGUUCUAGUGACACUAAUUAACGUCGUAUUCCGUUUUAAAGAGAAAAAUAGUCUUCUUUUAUAUAUUAAUAUAAAUAUAAAGGCUCAUAUACAGAAGUUUGUAUAUAUUGCAAUUCAUAUAUAUGAAUAGUAUAUAUGUAAUAAGUAUAAAUAGUUGAUGUGUCUCUUGAUAUCCUAGUUGAGCAGAUAUUGUAAAAACAGUCUUCUUUAUAUAUUUUUC